AUGGGGGGGGGGGGGGGAGGAGUCACCCGAGUGUCCCAGUGUGUCCCACUGUGUCCCGGUGUGUCCCGGUGUGUCCCACUGUGUCCCGGUGUGUCCCACUGUGUCCCAGUGUGUCCCACUGUGUCCCGGUGUGUCCCAGUGUGUCCCACUGUGUCCCGGUGUGUCCCGGUGUGUCCCACUGUGUCCCAGUGUGUCCCAUGUGUCCCAAGUAUCCCAGUGUGUCCCAGUGUGUCCCAGUGUGUCCGGUGUAUCCCGGUGUAUCCCACUGUGUCCCAGUGUGUCCAGUGUGUCCCAGUGUAUCCCGGUGUGUCCCGAUUGGGGGCAGUGUAUCCCGGUGUAUCCCGGUGUAUCCCGGGGUAUCCCAGUGUGUCCCGUGUAUCCUGGUGUAUCCCGGAGUGUCCCGUGGUGUCGCACAUCCCCACCACCUAA